GCUAACUUCGCCGAGGAUUUCCACCAUGUAGUAAAGCAAGUUUAUUUUGCAUUUCGACGCUUUCUCGAUUUUAAUUCGUUUCCAUCUUCGUAUCUGUUGUUUGUGGUUCGACCAAAUGCGCGUCUGCAGCGUCGCGUACGCGUCUCGGGUGGGUCGCGCACGCGCGGCAUCGCGACGCCUGGCAUCGAACGAGUGCGUGCGUGAAUAUCGGGCGACGACAGCGACUCCCGCGACCCUGCCCGACGUCGUCGAUCGCCGAUUUCCACGUCCCCCAUCGUGCAAAAAGCAACAGGAUCGACUAGUUAAGAAAACGCGUAUUGAAAAUAGGACAUUAAAAAGUAACAGGUGGCAAUCUAUGGUGAAACAUAAAGGGAUGCCGGCUGAUACGUGUUUUCGCGGGGUGGUUUCGACCCUGGCGUACAGGUGUUAGUGGUUGCGAAUAGGUCGCGUAUUUUAGGGCGGUUAGUUGUUACUUAAAAGGUGGCGGCCGUUAGGAAGCUGCCCCGUCAAUUUUCGUGCGUAGGGUGGUUUGGGAAAGCCGGCACGACGUUUUGUACGGAGGGCGUGUGCAGAAUGGGGUGCACUUCUUCAGCGGAGGAGCGCGCCGCGUUGGCAAGGAGCAAGCAAAUCGAAAAGAACCUCAAAGAGGAUGGUAUCCAGGCUGCCAAGGAUAUCAAGCUGCUCCUGUUGGGUGCCGGCGAAUCAGGGAAAAGCACGAUAGUCAAACAAAUGAAAAUUAUUCACGAAAGUGGGUUUACAAGUGAAGACUUCAAACAAUAUAGACCGGUAGUUUACAGCAACACGAUACAAUCGUUAGUAGCCAUUCUAAGGGCGAUGCCGAAUCUUGGCAUUACCUACGGAAACAAUGAGAGAGAGGUAAGCAUAUUCUUCCGCUCAGUGAACCGGAUAGAAGGGCACAAAACACCUUCAUUAGCGAAACAGAGUGUUCAACUAGGUAUGUCCCAGAUAUUUUAAACAAAACCUUUUGAA